GGGAGCAAACGGAAAAGUGAGGUGGAGUUGGGGAGCCCGCGAGGGAAGGAAGAGGGUACUGCGCGGCAAAGGGGUAAAAGGGUCAGGGAGGAAGAUUCGAACAGAGUUGAGCUCAAAAAUGAGCCCCCCCCCCCUCCUCCCUCCCCGCCCGCCGAAAAGAAAGGAAAAACAAGGUAGGAGAAAGACUUGGCGAACUGGAAAGUAGAAAGCGAGGCGAGUGGGCGGGGUAGGGAGGAUUGUGCCCAGGCCAAUGAGUGAUGCCGGGACGGGUGACGUCACAGCCAAUGGACAGCCAGCGCGGGACUUUCAAUUGUCGCCCCGCCCGAUCGGAAGAAGACGGUGCCUAUAAAGAGUGCGGCGGCGGGCCGAGGCCCCGUUACUCUCGCUGCCGCUGCGCUGGUGAGUUGGUGUUUUGGUUCGCUAUGGCCCGUACAAAGCAGACCGCCCGCAAGUCGACCGGCGGCAAGGCCCCGCGGAAGCAGCUGGCCACCAAGGCGGCCCGCAAGAGCGCGCCCGCCACGGGCGGCGUGAAGAAGCCGCACCGCUACCGGCCGGGCACCGUGGCCCUGCGGGAGAUCCGGCGCUACCAGAAGUCCACCGAGCUGCUGAUCCGCAAGCUGCCGUUCCAGCGGCUGGUGCGCGAGAUCGCGCAGGACUUCAAGACGGACCUGCGCUUCCAGAGCUCGGCCGUGAUGGCGCUGCAGGAGGCGAGCGAGGCCUACCUGGUGGGGCUGUUCGAGGACACGAACCUGUGCGCUAUCCACGCCAAGCGCGUCACUAUCAUGCCCAAGGACAUCCAGCUGGCUCGCCGCAUCCGCGGGGAGCGGCGGGAGCCGUGCUCCCGCGGCCUCCACACCCCCGCCGGAAGUGGCCCCCAGAGGCGCGGCGCUCCGGCUGGCAUCAUGGCCCGUACAAAGCAGACCGCCCGCAAGUCGACCGGCGGCAAGGCCCCGCGGAAGCAGCUGGCCACCAAGGCGGCCCGCAAGAGCGCGCCCGCCACGGGCGGCGUGAAGAAGCCGCACCGCUACCGGCCGGGCACCGUGGCCCUGCGGGAGAUCCGGCGCUACCAGAAGUCCACCGAGCUGCUGAUCCGCAAGCUGCCGUUCCAGCGGCUGGUGCGCGAGAUCGCGCAGGACUUCAAGACGGACCUGCGCUUCCAGAGCUCGGCCGUGAUGGCGCUGCAGGAGGCGAGCGAGGCCUACCUGGUGGGGCUGUUCGAGGACACGAACCUGUGCGCUAUCCACGCCAAGCGCGUCACUAUCAUGCCCAAGGACAUCCAGCUGGCUCGCCGUAUCCGCGGGGAGCGGGCUUAA